AUGUCUAGAUCGGUUUCUCCAAAGGUUAGGGCUCUGGUGGAUCGGAUUAUUAGAGUUGAUCAUGCAGGAGAGUUAGGUGCCAAUAGAAUAUACCAAGGACAGCUCAUGGUACUUGGGAAAUCGAGUAUAGGCCCUAAAAUAAAGGAAAUGCAUGAUCAAGAAGUGGAACAUUUGAAAAAAUUCCAGGAACUUAUUCCUAUUCAUAGAGUUAGACCUACAUUACUUUUGCCUUUGUGGAGCAUUGCUGGGUUUACACUAGGUGUGGGAAGUGCGCUUUUGGGUUCGAAAUGUGCUAUGGCCUGUACCGUUGCUGUCGAGUCAGUGAUUUCUGAACACUACAACAAUCAAAUUCGUGAGCUUGUUGAAAGUGACCCUGAAACCUAUCAAGAAUUGCUGCAGACACUAGCCCAGUUUCGGGAUGAAGAAAUGGAGCAUCGUGAUACAGGCCUUGAACAUGAUGCUGAACAGGCUCCUUUCUAUAAUAUCAUGUCUCAAAUAAUUAAAGCGGGUUGUCGAGCAAGUAUUUUUUUGGCUGAACUUAUUGGACACAGUUUACAGAUACCGCAAAAGUCAGAGCGUGCGUCACACAAGUGUGAAAUCAUCCUAGAUUUCUUUGUUCACUACAUCAUUAUAGUCUCUGGAUUUCAUUAUAUUGAAGUUACAGUCUUCAAUAGAAAAAACCAAGGUCAGUCUGUAAUGACUUGGGUUCUCCUCUGGUUCUUAUACUCAUUUGUUCAAUGCGAUGACGAAAAAUUAGAUACCCAUUUUGUUGGAGUUCAUCGUAUUCCCGAAUCUGUCUUUCCAGAAAUGCAUUUUGAGGAUCGGCUUCAUAUGUAUUUCAAAAAAAUUGAUACUAAUAGCAAUGGAUUCAUUGAAGACGAUGAAUUAGCAUCAUGGAUCUAUAAAACUUAUGAAUCUUUGGAUCGUGAGCAUGCUGAAAAACAACUUACAAGAUUUGAUGUGAAUGAAGACGGAAAAGUUUCGUUCGAAGAGUAUAUAAAUCAAACGUAUGAAACUUCUGAAGAGGAAUUAAGACAUUCAAAAGACGACAAAUCGUCAAAAUUUAUUUUAGAAUUAUUAAAAGAUGAACGAUUACGUUUCAACUUCGCUGAUAAAGAUAAUGAUGGUUUAUUAUCACUAGAAGAAUUCACUUUAUUCUUACGACCUGAAAAUUAUGAAGAUAUGGAAAAUUAUGAAUUGCAAAAAAGUUUUUCCAGUUUUGAUCAAAAUGGUGAUGGUAUAAUUACGAAAGAUGAGUUUACAAAUUUUUCCUAUCGAGGUGUAUCACAAGAGAAUUAUUUACAUGAACAAUUCAGUAAUCUUGACGUUGAUAAAAAUGACAUACUCAUUCUGGAUGAAUUACGGCCAUGGUUAUUGCCUUCUUUAAAAGUGGCUGCAAAAUCAGAAGCAACACGAUUAAUGAAUCUCACAGAUUCUAAUCAUGAUGGUAAACUUACAUUAGAAGAAAUCUUGGCUACAUCACAUUCAUGGAAAGAUAGUCAAGUUGUUAAACAUGCGCGGUCAUUAUGGGAUGAAUUGUAGAGGUUGUUGGGCAAAAAAUCCGCUAGAAACUGAAUUAGAACUGAUUUCUUCCAUAUCACCGUCAUAAUUAUCGUCGUCAUUACCAUUCACUUCAUCACCGUCAAUCGACGAAUUCUGUUGACCACAAAAAUGGAACAAGCUAAAUGGUGUUAUCUGCGCAACUUUUGUUGAUAAUGGAAUUUUAAUGAAACGAUUUUUUAUACAAUAUAGUACAAUUAAUAUAACUACAAUAAAACUAAUUGUGAUGAUUGUGCACCAUAUUAUUAAUAUAAUUGAAAGAGAUA